GGCUGCGGCGGCGGGAGCGAGGCGACCGCUUAGGCCGCGGCGAGUGACGGGCGGUGGGGCAGGCGGGAGCCGGGGCGGGGCGGCGGCGGCCCAGCGAAGGCGCGCGCGGGCGGCCUGGCCCUGGCCCCGCCCCCGCCCCGCCCACCCGCCGGGUGACCUUCACGGCCCCUGCGGCGGCGGCGCGAUGUUCCUGCAGGAGGAGAAGAUCUUCGCCGGCAAGGUGCUGCGGCUCCACAUCUGCGUGGCCAACUGUACCGAGUGGGUGGAGGAGGCGACCGAGGACACCUCGGUGGAGCAGCUCAAGGAGCGUUGCCUCAAGCACUGUGCUCAUGGGAACUUAGAAGACCCCAAAAGUGUAAGCCAUCACAAGCUAAUUCAUGCUGCUUCAGAGAGGGUGCUGAGUGACACUAAAACAGUCUCGGAAGAGAGCAUCCAAGACAGAGAUGUCCUGUUAUUGAUAAAAAAGCGUGCUCCAGAGCCACUUCCUAAGAUGGCUGAGGUCUCAGCAAAAGAAAAGAAAAAACAAGACCAGAAAGCUCCGGAUAGAGAUGCUAUCUUCCGAGCAACAGCCAAUCUGCCGUCCUACAACAUGGACCGGGCCGUGGUCCCCACCAACAUGAGAGAUUUCCAGACAGAACUCCGAAAAAUACUGGUGUCUCUCAUCAAAGUGGCGCAGAAGUUGUUAGCACUGAACCCAGACGCAGUGGAAUUGUUUACGAAGGCGAACGCUAUGCUGGACAAGGACGAGGACCAGCGUGUGGAUGAGGCUGCUCUGCGGCACCUCACGGAGAUGGGCUUUCCUGAGACCAGAGCCACCAAGGCCCUGCGGCUGAGCCACAUGUCGGUGCCCCAAGCCAUGGAGUGGCUGAUUGAGCACGCCGAAGACCCCACCAUAGAUGCCCCCCUGCCUGGCCAGGCCUCUCCCCCCACUGAGGGGGCCACAGCAAGUGCCUCUGAGGCUCCUGCUGGAACCAGCAGCGCAGACGACGAAGAGGCCAGGGAUGAAUUAACGGAGAUCUUCAAGAAGAUUCGGAGGAAAAGGGAAUUUCGGGCUGAUGCUCGGGCUGUGGCUUCCCUGAUGGAGAUGGGAUUUGACGAGAAGGAAGUGCUGGAAGCCCUCCCUGUGAAUAACAACCAGCAGAAGGCGGCUUGCGAGUGGCUGCUGGGGGACCGGAAGCCCUCGCCUGAGGAGCUGCACAAGGGCAUUGACCCCGACAGCCCUCUCUUCCAGGCCAUCCUGGAUAACCAGCUGGGUCUGACCAACCCUAAGACACUCCUAGCAUUCGAGGACAUGCUGGAGAUCCCAUUGAACAGCACCCAGUGGAUGAACGAUCCAGAAACGGGGCCAGUCAUGCUGCAGAUCUCUAGGAUUUUCCAGACACUGAACGGCACAUAGGCAGCGCUGUCCCCUCACUGUCCAACUGCUGCAGCCUCCCCAGGAGCAGCAGGAGAUGGGGAGAGGGUGCCUGGCCCA